CGAUAAUCAGGCCCAACGGACGUUACGAGUCGCGACAUCCAGAUUCUACUUGACAACAACGUGCCCUGCUUGAUAGUAUGAAUUUGACCACCAGGCAUUCUCCUGGACAAGUCUACAGGCUGGACGAAUAUCGUCACAAGGGGAUGUCUGGAGCCAUCAACCUAAACUCAUUUCACUAGACAGUCACCAUGACAUCCCAAUCAGCACUACCCUAUGAAGAGCCGGGAAUCUGGACGAUUCUAAUCCAAUCGGGGUUCCUUUUGGUUCUCAAUUUCGCCAACUCUAUUCUGGACAGAUUGGUGUAUUGUGGCUUGAUAGGACAGAUCUUCAUCGGAGUGGCUUGGGGAAUGCCGGGCACACAGUGGCUGACCCUCGAGGCGCAAGAAAUAAUGCAACAAUUGGGUUAUCUCGGCCUUUUGCUUCUCGUAUAUGAAGGUAAUAUCAUAUUCCGUGUUUCUUCCCUGCUUGCCAUUUUAUUCGAUAUCAAGGUUGUGUCCAUUGUGUCUUAUUUGCCUCGGACCUUGGUUGUGACGGCAAGCUCACUCCAGUCAGUGAAGAUCUCCCAUCAUCCCUGGGUCGCGUACAUCAAGUAUAUUUGCUUCCCAUAUGAACCUUAAAGAUGAUCUAUCUUGCACAUACGACCAUAGGGUGUGGAGAACAGGGCUUCCCGUCCGCUCAGCCGUACUUAAGCCACAUAUAGUAUGCGGUUA